AAAUUGUAGGAGUAUAUGUUAAAGUAUUUAUUUUAUUAAUAAAAUAUAUGACUCUAUAAGCAGGAGAGAAAGGCGGGUAACAAAUGGCAGCGAGAUUACCCAACCGUUUUAUAGUUUCUAUCCGAACUCAAAACCACACUCGUGUGAACCAGAGACAGACAACCUUUGAUUCGUUCCGGAAAGUUUAAUCCUUAAAGCUACAGCGAUGGAUUCCUCGGAGACAAAAACGUGUUACCAGAACGUGGUGGUGAUGAGGCACGGGGACCGUAUGGACAACUUCGACCACAAGUGGGUAGUGACGGCGGAGAGGCCAUGGGACCCACCGCUUACACAUGAUGGCUUGGUCAGAGCUUUCCGUACUGGUCGUGCGCUUCGUGCCCACCUAGGAUUCCCGAUCGACCGAGUCUUCGUCUCCCCCUUCCUCCGCUGCGUCCAGACCGCCUCCGAGGCUGUCGCUGCCCUUUGUUCAGUCGACGACGAUCCCAAUGCCAAGUCAUCCUGCGACGUUACCUCUAUCGACCCAUCAAAAGUCAAGGUUUCGAUCGAGUAUGGAUUGUGUGAGAUGUUAAGUAGAGAAGCAAUUAGGCUUGAUGUAGCGCCCAAAGAUGGAAUCUUUCGUUUCGAUGUGCCACAGCUUGAGGCUAUGCUGCCGAGUGGCACAGUGGAUCCUACCAUGGAAAGAGUUUAUAAAGAGUUGCCGCAAUGGGAAGAGACGGUGACUGGUACGAGGACUAGAUAUGAACAAAUCAUUAAGGCACUCGCGGACCAAUACCCCUCAGAAAACUUGCUAUUAGUGACACAUGGGGAAGGAGUUGGGGUUUCGGUUUCUGGAUUUUUGGAGGACACAAUUGUCGUUGAAGUAGAUUAUUGUGCUUACUCAGAACUAAGAAGACCAAUCUCUUGCAAAUACGAGCCACUUGCUGCUGGAAAGUUUGAGGUGCUUACACGAAGUGGCAAGACUGGUGUUACUUACUAUCCAACAAGCAACUUGACAUAAUGUUUAGAAGGUAAUGCCAUAGUGAUUCUUUGCCUUAAACCAUGAUGAAUGAUGACUCCAUGAAUGGCAAUGUAUAACCUUUGGCACGACAGUUUCAUCUCAAGCAUAUCUCAGCCUUCCUCGAUGUGUCAGCUUUGUUUACAUUAUAACUUUUGUAUCAAUUCUUGAUUUCAUUGAUUGAAGAAAUAAUCAAUUUUAAUUCAUGAAACUGCCUUUUCCUUUCCGUGUUUUUUGAUAA